UGAGUUCAACCCAUUCUUCAAAAUUAAGGCAUAAGGUUGGGCUCUAUCUUGCUUGGAGCAGGUCAAUCCACAAAAUCCGACCGGGUAGACCUGCAUAGCACGAUUCGUGGAGCAAGCGACUUGCACGUGCGUUUCAACCCUCACCACGACCGUGACUCCUCGCACAAAGAGAUAGCAGAGAUAGCAAGUGCACACCUUCACCAGCGACUCAACCCCCUUUUCCACCCCGCAUGAGCAGCCGCUCCCUCCUUCUCGGAAGCCCUGUCCCGACUACAUUCACUCGAAAAUAUCGAUCCGCAAAUCACGGCCCUCCUCUUCACCGAGAGUCUCGCAACGCGUUGCCCCGAGUCAGCCGCUUUCCACCCUUUCAGCAGGCGUACACCACAGCUACAGCAACAGCAACAGCUCCAGUUCCAGCCCCAAGACCAAGACUAAGACCAAAACCCAGGACAGAUUUUGGCAUCAUGUCAACCCACGAAACCCCGCCCAACGCUCCGACAGCGACCCAAGCCUCCAAGAAAGACAACCGCAAAGACAAAAAAGGCGGCCGCGCAGGAGGCGGAGGAGGAGGCAAACCGCGCCACGAGGACCCCAAAACCGGCCGCCAGAUCACCGUCUCCAAAGCGAUGUCGUUCAUCCUGCGGCACGCGGCCGAAAAGGAAGGGUUGACGAUGGAUGCGCAGGGGUAUGCGAGCGUGGGGGAUUUGCUCGCCUGGCGCAAGCUCAAAUCCCUGAAAGUCACCUUCCCGGAGAUCGUGGACGCGGUCGCCAGCUCGGACAAGAAGCGGUUCGGGCUGUUGUAUCUCCCUCCUGCUGCUUCUACUUCUACAGCCACUUCUACGGCCGCGUCUACGCCCACGACUGCGGCGGAGUCUACAUCCACCGCCGAAAAAGCAGGCGACACAGCCAGCCCGCAAACAACAACCAACGACACCGAAACCGCAACAGCCACCGCCCUCGCGGCCGCCACGACCGACCAAGACCCCACCCACUACCUCAUCCGCGCCACGCAGGGCCACAGCAUCAAGACCGUCGAGGCCGCGGGCCUUUUGGAGCGGCUGACUCCCACCACCUCCAACCUCCCGUCGACGGUCGUCCACGGGACGUUCCACGGGGCGUGGCCGUUGAUCCUGGAGUCCGGGGGCCUGCGGUGCAUGGGCCGGAACCAGGUGCAUUUUGCGACGGGCCCGGAGCGGGAGGCUGUGUUGGCGAGGUCGCAGCACGAGCAGAAGGAAGAAGGGGCGGUCGGCGGGGGCGGGCACGGGCAGGUGAUCUCGGGGAUGCGGCGGGAUGCGCAGGUGUUGAUCUAUAUCGAUCUGGUGAAGGCGCUGCAGCUGGGGUGUCCGUUCUGGCGCAGUGAGAACGGGGUCAUCCUGAGUGAGGGAAUCGAGGGCAUGGUGCCGUUGGAGGUGGUCGAUGCCGUGGUCGAGCGGCGGCUGGGCACGAUCUGGGAGCGCGGGGCGGUCGUGCAGCAGUGGCCGGCGGAGUGGAGUCGGCGCCGGAAUCCUAAGGCAAAGGGGAAGGGGCAGGGGCAGCAGCAGCAGCAGGCAGAGGGGCGGGGGGAGAAAUCCGACGGAAGGUGA